CAGACACGCGGGACGGCGCUGUGGCAUUGAAAACUUGAUACAAGGAAAGUGAAGGUGUGUAGCCAAGUGGUCGGUUCCAGUCGACUCACUUGUGUCUCUCCCGCCUCGCUGACAACACUGCUCGGCGUGCUAAUCUGCCUGCGACCUCGAGCGUUCGUGAAGGAAAGGGAGUGUUGACCUUCAUAAUAAAAAAAAAAAGGAAAACGAAAACAUAAAACAAAUAAGAAUGCAUUCGUCUUCUGUCCUGGCUUUGGCGGUGUGGUGCGUCCUUCUGUGCGAUGACUCAGCAGCGGCCGGCCCGUUACCCAACCUCACCCUGAGGGAGUUUCCGCCAGUGGUAGACGGGUUGGAGUUGCAGAGGGUGGGCGGGAGAGGCGACACGCCCGUGCUCAGGAAAGAUUACAGCGACGCCAUCUACGCCGGCCGCUUUGCCAUCGAGUUGGACCGGCUGGAAAAACAGCGCAAUGAGAUCUUCUCCGAUUUUAUCUUCUCGGGUUUUACGAACUCCGAGGUGCCCCGCGAACUGCCGUUUGACCUCCAGCAGCUGUCUAGGACUCCGUCUACGCCCCUCGCUUCCUCCGGCGUCCUCUCCUCUCCUGCGACCCUAGGGAGGAGUGUGACCUCCAGCAGUUUCUUCAGGUUCCCCGGGGAGGUCAGGAGGACCCCUCCCACUCGGGAAGUGGUCAGCACAGCCACGGCCGCGCCGGUGCUUGCCCGCCUCUUCCCCCCAACUCCCCGGGCGCGCGCUCACCCCUUCGGCAGCCCCUUCGUCAGGAGAGCAAGGGCGUAAAGGAAGGUGUUAGAGAAAGGUCAUGUGUUCUUAAGUGGUUAAGUGAAACGUAAGUGAAACGUAAGUGAAACGUAAGUGAAGAGUAAGAUCAGUUCAAUUUGGUGUAUGUUUUUGUUUUUGCUUUUGUCUUUUUUUUUCUCUCGUGUAAAAUGAAUCAAAAGAAAUGUGUAAGGAUAAAUGGAAUAUAAUUAGGAAUUUUCUCUCUAAAUGGAGGAAGAAGAGAGAGAAAAAGAAAAAAAUGGAGUAAAGGAUAAUAAAGAAUUUAUAUUCAUUCCAAUAACUGGGUCAGCCAUUUGCUUUCUGACUUUCCCCUCUUUGAUAAUAAGUUAUUUUACGAAUUCCAUUGAUCUAUCAAAGUCCUGUUUCUUUUGUAAUAUCUGAAAAACAAAAUCAAAACUGAUCUUCUAUAUACCAGCUGUGAUCUAAGUGAUACAACUUAUAUAUUUUAUAUUUUUUAUAACUUUUUUUUUAUAUUCAGAAUAAUGUAUUGAUGUAACUGCCAUCUGUGAUAACUAGUUCAUUAAGUUUAACACACCGAGCU